GUAAAAAAAGAGGAACGAUUUUUUUUGACAAAUGUCAAAAAGAAAUAAGUCAAAAUUUAAAAUUGUUUAUUAGCAAAUUCGCGAAAAAAGCCAAGAAAAUGAGUACCGCGAGUACCGCAGUUGUUAAAAAACCAUCCGUUGAGGAUCAUUUAAGUUCGAAAUGUAUAGAUGCGAAAGCACGGUCGACGAAUUUUAUCGCAAUUUGUCUUUGGGGUAUAGCCGCUAUCGUUUCGGCCGCUAACACAGAAGUGAGCCCUAAUGCCACGGGAAUUUCCGUCUCUAUAAAAGCCCAAGAUGUCCUUUUAAUGUUAUCGAUGACUUAUCUACUUGGAAAAGGACUAAGAGAUGGUAAUCAUAUCUUGGUUUUACCAUGGAUCGUUGCUUCAAUUUGGAAUAUGUACCACGUUCAUUACGGAAGUUUAUUGAGAAUGGGAACCGUUUUAAAACAAACCCGAACAAUAUCUAAACUACCUUGGAUUGCGCUUACUAUUGAUUUACUAGGAUUAGUGGUACGAUUGCUUUUAACGUGUCGCGUGGCACAUGUUGCGAUUACUCAAUGGUGUAACAAACAACUUGAAAAUCAUCUUAGAAAAAUACCGAAACGAAAACCAUAAUUUAAUACAACAGAUUUGGUUAAAGACUGAAACACUUUUUUUAAGAUCUCGAGAAAUAAAUGAAAAUUGUU